GGCCGAUCUGGCUUAGACCAUGAAACAGAAGAUGAAGCGCCUUGUAAACCACCUCCAAAGCCCAACAAGAAGUCAGGAUCACAAAAUGGAGCCAACAAAAUUCAGCAAAGAAAAACAAAAGCUCGCUGGAUUGGACUCCAUCAGCCAAGGGAUGAUGAACCUGAUUGGAAGUUAAAAAGAUGUCAGGAAAUUUUACAAGAAGCAGGAUUCCCAUCAAAAAUCCCACUCUCAAGAUGUUUUGAUGAGGUGACGAAGCCUUCUCUACAAGCUUCUCAACCUUUAACUUGCUUUAUGUUCUCUGAACCAAAGGAUGAUUUUCCUCCAUUAGAAAGGAGAAUUGAUCCUAAUACCCGAUAUUCAACUAAACCCACAGUCAUUCCUGCUGAGAUAGGCACAGAUGGUAAACCAAAAGUUUUGAGUCAGGCAGAAGAAGUUCUCAAUUGGCAAACAGAAAAUGCUCAAGCUCAGAAUUCUUUACUAAAGAGAAUUGAUGACAAGAUGACAAAAAUGUCAAGCAGUAUGCAAAAAUCAGAAGAUAAGUUGGAUUAUCUCUCGACAAAAAUGAAAGCAUACUAUCAAAAGUUAACUGCUGACAUUACUAGGCUGGAGAAGGAGAUAAAGAAUAUUCCAUUUGGAAUAACUUUACAAGAAAAGGAUCGAGAAAUCAGAAGUUUAAAAGCUCAACUCUUCCAAUUAGAAGAACAAAUAGAGCAAAAGAAAAAGAUGUUACAGCCCCCGCCAAUGGCUGCAGAUCCUUAUGCAUUCCUACAUCCUCCUAUGCCCGAUAGGUUUCUCAUACUUGGAUGGUAGAAUCUCAAUUUCUACAUUAGGAUGUGAAGCAACAGCAGUUGUCAUAAUGUCAUGUUGAUCGACAGCAAAGAUUGAUAUAGAAUCUCCCUCUUUGCUAUAGUCAUUGUUGUUAUUUUUCAUGGAUUUAUGAAAAUAAAUAUUGUUCUAUGGCCAUAGACGAUAAAGUUUGAAUUAUUUAUAGCUGGAGGGUUGACCUUGGGGAUUUAAAUGAGUAACCAUUCAUGGUAAAAUAUUCUGUUGAUAUUGGAUUGACAUUAAAAUAAUGCUCAUUUAUCCUGACUAGUCACUAUUAAAAUGAUUCAAAUUUUAUUAUUUAAUUUUUAUGUUACUAUAUAUAA